AUGACUGACGGUGCUGUGGUUCAAAGAAUCCCCCUCCCGGAUUCUCAACUGGACUUCCCCGGGGUCCCAUACUCCGUGUCAGUCCUCAAACCCGGGUACUGUCUCUCUGAGCCGGACGGGACCUUCAGGGCCGACGGAACCAUCUCUUUGAUUACGGGACCCCGUACUAUCCUGGUGGACACAGGGGGACCGUGGGACCGGGACUUUCUCCUGCAGACCCUGAAGGACCGGGGUGUGGACCCAGGGGACGUUGACAUGGUGGUGGGGACUCACGGGCACUCAGACCACGUGGGCAACCUGAGUUUGUUUGCGCAUGCGGAGUUAAUAGUCGGAUUUGACCACAGUGAGGGGGACAGGUACCGUCCAAACAAACUGUCAGAGGGACAGGUGUACCGCGUGGACGAGCACGUUAGUUCAUUCUUGUUGUUGUUGUUGUUGUUGUUGUGUUGUUGUUGUUAUUAUUUAUAGAGCAUAUUCAUACUUUGUCCUUCAAACAUUUUCACUAUUAUCCAACUUUUACUUUUUUUCCACCCCUUUAACAGCUUUUAAAUUUAUACCCCUCUACAUUUAUUAGCAGUUUUGCAUUCUUUUUCAGCUUUCAGCACUCAGCAUUUGUACAAUUUUCUGGAAGGAAAUGCAAUUCUUCUAGUUAUCAUUAUUAUUAUUAUUAUUUUAUUAUAAUAUUAUUAUGAAUUAUUUUUAUUAUUGUUGUUGUUGCAGUUGUUAUAAUAAUAAUAAUAAUAAUAAUAAUAAUAAUAAUAAUAAUGAUAAUACUUAUAAUAAUAAUAAUAAUAAGUGUUAUUAUUAUUAUUAUUAUUAUUAUUAUUGUUAUUGUUGUUAUUAUUAUUUUUAUAAUAAUAAUAAUGAUUAUUAUUAUUAUUAUUAUUGGUAGUAGUGGUAAUAGUAAUAGUAGCUGUAGUGGUAAUAUUAGUAUUAUUUUUAUAUCUAGAUCACUCUACAGACAAAAACCAACUGUUGCAUCUGAAACAAAUUGAAUGAGUCUUCCAGAACUUUUAUUUAUCAUGUCACCUAUUUUUCUGCAAUUUCUUACACCAUUUUCAUCCCAUUACUGUCCUUCUGGUUGAUGUAAAUGUUAUUUUUCUGGUAACAUCAUCACCAGGAUACAAAAGCAGCCAGUUGAUGUAGCAGAGGUCAUAAGACAGAAAUGUAACCGUAACCAAUGACAGUUAUAAGAGCUGGUUAAUGCCCUGUUUUGAGACUGUCAGGUAUAAUGCUCCUACCUGUCAAAGGGGAAAAGCAUAAAAAUAAUAAAACUUAGCCAGACUAUCUGUUAGGAGAAUUUUCUUUAGCCAAUCCCAUCAUCCUUGAGGGUGGUGGAGAUAUGUAACCCAGAUACCAUGGAUACGUUGAUGUUAGAUUCCUGGAGCCAUGGGCCUCAACAAGGACCUUGUACACAUUUUUGACAUCACUCAGGUUCCCAAAAUAUGUUGUGCUAUGGUAUUCCCCUAUAUGGGCUCUCUAUAUGUUCAACUAAGGCUCCUUAAAAUGUGUUGUGCUUUGUUCUUACCCUACUUGGACUCUCCUUCAGGUCAACUAAAUUCCAGCAGAAUGCUUGGAAACAUGGACAUCUAUAUAUACCUGAACAGUCUCAGACCAGUCUUUGUUACACUUGUGGCAUGAUAAAGCUCUAACCCAGAUCUGCAACCAGUAAAGCUUGUCAAACUGACCAUUUGAGUGGACCUUCCAUUCUUUCAAGUGUGAACCUUGGCUGGGCAUCCUUACACUAUCUAAUCUUGAGCUAACAGUGAAAGGAAGAUCAUGCUUUCUCCUGCUGGUUCACCUUCUGUCCCCAUUAACGGGCUGUCCUCUGUCCUCAGGUGUGUGUGGUCCCCACUCCGGGUCAUACGGGACAGGACGUCAGUGUGCAGGUGACAGGAACCUCAGCAGGCGUGGUCCUCGUAGCCGGGGACUUGUUUGAGUGCUGCUCAGACGAGGACAGCUGGAGGGACCUGAGCAUGAAUACUGUGGUACAGCAGGUCAGCCGCCAGGAGGCGCUACGCACCGCUGAUAUCAUCAUCCCGGGACACGGCCUUCCGUUCAGAGUCCAGAGGAGCUGAUUUAAAAAUCAGGCUGAAGAGAAAGCGUGUGUGUUUGUGAUCAUUCAAAAAGAGAAACUCCACCAUCUCUCUGCUGCACUCAAAGGACAGUUUUGUGAAUUAAAGUCUUUAUUGUGGAUCAGAAACUGCUGCUAUAAUGAAAUCUGUCAUCAUUAAAGAUGUCUCUUCAUCCACAUUUGAACACAAACAUAAAAUGGUUCAGUAUUGUUCUUACUAAAAUGUGGUAACACCAGACAUUUAGAUGGUUGCAGGUCCCUAUAAAGACUUGUUUUCAGUACUUGGUUCCCACCUGAGGUCAGAUUGUCCUGUCUUAUUAGGACAAGGUGAUAACCUGUGACGUACUCACCUGCAGCCCUCAUGACGUUCAGCAGAGUCCUCUGAUCUAAGGCUGAUGGAGGUUUAAUUUCUCCACCUUUACAUAAUGACGCACAGACUGCAUCCCUACACACUCUUAAACUGGACUGUGAUUGGCUGACUGGCAUCUUUCCCAUCACACACCCUCACCUGGCAGGUUCGAAACCAGUUAACUGUAAGCUGUCCAUGCUUGGAAUAUUCAUAGCACAUACACGCUUGUCUGACAGUUUUGGUUUUAUUCGUCCCCAUUCAGUAAAAACUUUUAAACCAGUUUAGAGCUUCAUCAGCUUGGGUACAACAGUCCUUAAUAUCACUUAGAUCAGAAACUCUGAAUAUCAUUUAAAUUAUGGAAUGCCUUGGGUCCCAGUUCUGAUCCUUGUGGCACACCGUAUGUUACGCUUUUACUUUUAAAGAGGGAAUGAAUUGACUCUGUCCAAGUCAUUCUCUCACAGACUUUCAACCUGUUUUUUUUUUUAAAUCACAGUUAAAGUAAUAUUAUUUUAGUUCUUCCCUUCCUGUAUUACUCUUUAAAAGGUGUUAGCUCCGUUUGAAGAGAGGUUAUAGUGUAAAAACACCAAACAAUCUCCCUGCUGCUUCUGUUUUAAACCUUUAUCACUGAAUUAAGAAAAGACAGAAAUUCCACCCUCAGCCUUCAGCAGACACAUGAGUGUAAUCUGUUAUGGUAAGGUAAGGAAGGUUGUUAAUGAUUUGGUUACUUUAUCAGAGAUUUAUGACUAAACAAAUAGAGGGAGGGACCUGGAAAUCUGCUACAAACACACACUGCAGAAAAACACUUUAACCUUUAACCUGCAGGAGUUCUUUGUACAGUAGUGACGUCUGCAAAGCCAUUUUAUCUGAAAAUUAAUUGUAGUGUUGACAUGAUGCAGUCAAAAUGACUGAUGUCAGCAGUACAUUUAAAAAAAAAAUUAUAGAGGAGCAAAAAAAAAGCAAAAAAAAAAAAAAAAAACAGGUAAAAAGUUGUUAUAGAGAAAAACUCACACAGGUCCAAAGUUGUUAAAGUUGUUAAAGAGCAAGAACCAAACAGACAAAAGGUGUUACAGAGGAACAACCAAAAAGUCAUAAAGUUGAUAUCUAGGAUCAAGCGAACAGGUGAAAAGUUGAUAUAGAGGAACAACCAAAUGGGCAAAAGGUUGAUAGAGAAGGGGUUCAACAGUUUCAGAAUAAUGUUUCUGAGUGUCACUGUAAAAGAAUUAGUGGAUUUCAUCAUCUACAGUACAUAAUAUCAUAAAAAGAUCCAGAGAAUUGGAGAAAUCUCUGUACUUAAGGGACAAGGACAAAAACCAAGACUGAAUGGUCCUUAUUUUAGGCCCUCAGGCAGCACUGCAUCAAAAACAGACAGGACUUUGGAGUGGAAAUCGCUGCAUGGGCUCAAAAUCGUUUCAAAAUCCAUUGUCCAUAAACACAGUUUAUCACUGCAUCCACAAAUUAGGUUCAAACUGAACGAUGCAAAGGGAAAAGGAGAAAGAAACAGGAUCCAGAACCACCAGAGACAUCUCUGGACCUGAGCCCAUUUAAGGUGGACUGAGGGGGAAAGGAAAACUGUCCUGUGGACUGAUGGAUACAAAUCUGAUAUUCUUUUUGGAGAUCCUCCUCUCUCAAGAGUAGCACAGUUCAAAAGGAACACUUAGGAUGCUCUGGACUUUUCCAGUCCUCUUCGCUGAAUCUGGGUUUUCUUUGGUCCUGUCGAUUUUUCUCAUUUCUUAUUGGACCCUCCAAACCUCUCUGUCCUCAGCCAUGUGCAGAGAAGGAUCUCUGAGGUUUGCUUUCUGUGGGCUAAUUACGUUAACACUCUCUUUAACCUGUGGGUGUGUGUGUGUUAGUCAUACUGACUCAAUCACAUGAGUGUGUGAGACUAUGAUCAGAGUGGUAGUACCAGGUACGCCCCAGGUGUUUAUAUAACAUCAGUGUGAUGCAUCAAUUAUCUCAUUGAUCGUAGAAGUUUCUGUUCACGUAUAAAAACGUCAUAAAUUUCAACUGUCUCAUUGUUACAUAAUCUCCACGGGGAAAUGCUAAGUGUUUCCUGUCAACAUAGCGGUAGUCGAGUCUAAAUAUCAGAGGAAGAAGCUCAGUGUGUGUUCCUCUCCACACCAACAAGAGCUAUAAUCCACUGAUAACAAAAGCCAGACAGGAACUGUCCUGUGGUCCAAAACAAAACCUGUUUGUGAGAAAGAAAAGUAGAAAAAAGUUCUUCAAACAGCCAAACUGUGUCUGUUAACGUGUUUGUGUCCACAGCAAAGUUUUAACAUGGGGCUCUAUGGGGACUGACUCGCUGCAGGACACAGCCCCUAGUGGACCCUGGAGGAACUGCACUUCUUUGGUGGCUCCACUUCUCAGCCUGAGACAUUGCUCCUUGAAUUUGAUCUAAAUAUUAGAGGCAUUGCAACUUUUAAAAUUAAUGAAAAUGGACACCGCAUUGUUCUUAGAAAUUCUUCUUAGUCAACUUCUGUUUUUCUUGAUCAGGUUUUUUUGUUGUUGAGACAGCAGAUCCUGGUCCAGCUGAGUCAGGCGAUCAUCAGAGCCACACCUACCUUCUCAGAGACUCUGUGUUCUUCUUAACAACCUGAAGAGCACUGAAUAUUUCACUUUAACCCCAUCCUGGAGUCUGUUUAUCAGAACACAAUCACAGAAAACUGAUAGAGAGCCGUCACCCCUGACAGCUAAGAAAGCCUGGCUUUAUGACUUGAUUGGCUUAUCAGUGGAUUAUGACUUCAUUGAAGUCUGCAGGGGUUAGGAGCUGAACUCUAACCAGCAUCUGACUGCCCAGCCCAAACCACUAUCCUGAAUGGCCUCACGUUGUAUGGCUGAAUGAAUAUACUGUGUAAUAAAUCAUGACUUUGGUGUGGCCGUAUCUUUGAACUGAAGCUGUAAAAAUAAGAAAAGAGAAAAUAAAGGAAUGAAUUCAAUCCUUGGAAAGAAAAGAGCAAAUAUCUCAAAAUCAUCUAUGAGACAUUACAGUUUUUUUCUAUCGCUAACAAGCGCUUACCCAUACUUCAGAUACUUUUUCUUUAAGCCAAAUGGAUGAUUUUCUUCUCAAAAACACGUUUUUUUAAAAAUACGUACAAACUCUUCAUUUCAAAAUAGAACACAUCUUUCUCUGCACACACUAACUUUACCAAAACACCAGAAAUCUGACUCAAAUUGAAAGGAUUCUGUUUUCACUUGUUUUCACUUCACAAGGUACAUGCAGUCAAUCAAAGUACACCAGGUUUUAAAAUGCUGGCUAUUGCUGACAUUAAAAACUGCAUACACUUAUAUAUUUUAGUUUUACAGGUAUUUGCAUACAAAACAUGCAAUCCACAGUUUUUACACUAAAUUUCUUGGUUGGGAACUGUAUGUCCACAUGUGAUGUUCACAUUCAAAAGCAUUCCAGUAAAAAGCAAAUCAUUUUUUCCCUUUACUGUUUACUACAGGAGGUACAGUAGAAAUACUGUUUACAAUAUGAUAGAGCAGAAAAAAGUUUAACAGUAUUGCUUACAGUGAACAAAAUAUCCUGCACCUGCCCCUCUCAUUGCAUCUCUCACUGGCCCCUUACUCUUACUCUUCCUCAUCCAGACAUGACAGUGUUUGUCUUUUUCUGUUUCCAAAAUCAUCACACCUCAAAGUCCUCCUUUUAACCCCUGCCACUGAGUCUAAGACAGACUGGAAUCAGCUGUAGUUGGCCCAAUUUACCCAUCAUAUAUCAGCUGUGUGUUAAUUAGUCAAUUGUUUGUUUAUUAUCAGCUGAGAUAUAUUGUUUUUGAGCUGAUAUCACUGCAGAAGCAGAGGCUUUUAUACUGUAUCUAAUAUUUGGAAUAUUGUUUUUGCUAUUUUGGGAUGUGUAUUAACAAAAACAAAUAAUACAAAAACAAUCCAUUAUUUUGUUGGGAGGUAUAGCUUGUCUGUUAAGAAAGUGUAAGCAUUGUGGAAAUGUGUUCACUGACUGCCUAUUGUGUGAAAAUACCAUGAAAUGUAUGAAUGGUAUGGCCACAAAAGACCGAUAAUGUGCUAAUUGCGUUUACAAUUUUGAAAAUUAUCACAUUUUCAAAAUGUGACAACUAGGUGCACAAGCGCUUGUUAGCAACUGAAAAAAUCUGUUGAUGGUACAUAUUAAACUAGGCAGAAGGCAACUGCACAUCCUUCAGGGUCCACUAGAGGCUUUGUCCCGCAGUUGGUCAGUCCCCAUAGAGCCUUAUGUUAAAACACAGAGUCUGAUAUCUGUAGACUGUGGAAAAAGAGAAGAAUCCGGUGAAGAUGUGGAUGUCUGUGAUUUGACAUGUCCUCUUCUUUGUAGCAGGAUGAAGUGGAGACAGAAGAAGGUCCACAGAACAGGCCUGGUGAGAACAAGGUCAGCCCUAGCUUUAAAUGGGGUUUGGCUUCCUGUCUGGGGCUGGUGAGAACGCACCUGAUGGCUGUCCACAAUAUUCACAUCACUGAAAAACCUAAAUUUGCAAAAAAUAAGAUUCAAGACCGAUGAUAAGAUUGAACGAGUUUGCAGUAAUCCUGAUGCCAAGAUGAGAACAGAUGGAUAGAUUUGAAUCUUACUUUUUAUUUCUUACACAAGAUACUUAAACAAUGUGAACGCAAGUUACUUUCUUAGCGCAAGUUUACACACCAUCAGGAUUUUUUUCAUUAUGUGAAUUUUUUAAAACAUUUUUAAUUCUCUGGAGAUCUACAGUGUCAGUAAGUGUUUAAAAGUGUCUGUGCAGAUCAGAUAUUUUCUGAAAAUCUUUUCUUCCAGAGCGUGUUCUGUCUCUGUGCUUGUCCUGCCAUUCUUUAUCCAGCUGAUGAAUAAACCAGGUUACCUCAGCACGUGCUACUUACACCUAUGUUCUUCAUGCUCCACCCCUUUGUCCAAAUAUGGUUACUCCUGACUUUCCAAAAUGAAAAAACAAAAAACAAAAAUGACUGUUUAACCAAAAAUAUCAGAUUGUGGACAGAAUAACAAACUGACAUUAUGUGGUCUGUGAUAAAUCUCAGGUAACUCCUCUGAAAACUCUUCUAAAGAGGAAAAGCCAUCAGUGAGCUGCACACAAGAGUCUUUUAUGGCUUGAUGGAAAGAUGUUCUCACACACCCAUCCAGCCCUGACAUUAGGUCCUGGUCAUAAAGGGGGCGAUAAGCCUCCUUCAUAUCCUUAUCACUUGUAGCUCCACCUGUAUGCCCUCCACCCUGCUAAACCUCAGAUAUAUUUAAACUCACGUUUUUCCAUUUUUCUCUGAUACCUGAGGACGCUUGCUGCUCUCCAUCAUCAUUACUGCACUUUUGCCUCUUCUUUGAGCUUCAGGAGGGUUUGAAGGUUUCACUCGGAGGAGUUUCUGGGAUUUUAUCCUCCUUUUUGUCUUUUUUAGAGUCUUCUUCCAUUUUCAGACAUCAUGUGUACCGGAUCCUGUUCAAAGUUUAUCGCCAUCCCCCUCUACGUCCUGGCCCUGGUGUCGAUUAUCUGUAACAUCAUGCUUUUCUUCCCCGGGUUUGAAACAAAGUACGCUGCCCCCGACCUCCCCGAGGGUUCCAACAGAACAGACUACCUGACGGAGGAGGUGAAAUACAUGGGAGGCCUGGUCGGAGGAGGAUUGAUGGUAAGGAGAUUUGACCAGAUUACAGUCGGUGUGAUGAUUACAAUGCUGAUGACAAAUGGUUUAAGGUUUGCACUUGAGAGGGUUACUGUAAACACACUGAAAAUGCUUCCAUUCACAAAAUAUAGACACUUAAAAGGGUUAAUUAUAAUUAACACAAUCAAAGUAAUUCUUUCACACCCAAAAUAGUUACACGGCACACUUAAAACUAUGUAACCCAAUUAAAAUGGUUACAUUUAGCUAAAAGAAUAAUUUAAAGACUAAAAAUGUCUAUGUCAAACAAAAUAAGGUUGAAAGCUGUGAGACGGAACUUUUUAUUCCUAAAUAGUGACUAAAACUCACUUAUCAACCAUCAACACCUCGCACUAAAGAAGAGAUCAGGUUUAUCAGAUAUGUUUUAUAGCCACAUUUUUAUGAACAGAUGAUGAAAUCUUAUCAAUCUUUUACAGCUCUGAAUACUCUGAUGCUUUUACCUGAUAUCUCUGUCUUCACAUGAAGAUUACAUCACUUCCUUUUGUUGUCUCCUCCUCAGCCUCACUUUUUUUCUGCCCCUAAGGUGUGUCAAUAUUGACCAGUACAAAAGACCAACACCGAACCCUUACUGUGAUGAUAUAAUGCCCUGUUUGCCUUGAAAAUACUCAUGUUGCUUUUUAGAAAAGACAUUUAAUAUCAGUCAUUUCAGUUUUUUUAAAGUCUGGACUCAGGUCCACAACUGGUUAAAUUCAAAAGUAAUAAAACAUCUUUGUAUUCAUUGGAAAAGGUGUUUGAAAACUAAAGCUAAAGUGUUACAAGAGAGUUUAAAAAAGAUUUACAAAGGUUUAAAAAGACUGUUUAAUAGUUAAAAUUACUUAAAAAAUGUAAAAAUGGUUGGUACCAAUGUCCAAAUAUUAAAGUGCUGGAAAUGAACAGAAAGUAUUGAAAUGAAAUGUUGAAAUUUGAGAAAUGUUAAAAAAUGAAUGUAAAUGCUUAAGAUAAUGAGAAUGAUAAUCACUCCAUACAAAGAUAGUUUUUAGAGGAGGGUUAUUGUGCUUGUUAUAUUUCAUUUCUAAUAUCAUUUUAUUCAAUUUCCUCUUUCUUCUUUCUUGGUCAUGCUCUCAGGUCCUGGUUCCUGCCAUCCACAUCCAUCUAACCAGUGCUGAGAAAUGCUGUGCUAACCGAUGUGGGGUGAGUUUUAUAUAUCUAUAUUACUAAAGAGCAUUAUUUCUCUUGGUCAUUAUUUGAUUGUUUUAGUCAUAAUUAUGACUUUUAUCUCAGAUUGUCUUCCUCUUAAUUUAUAUAUUUUUCCUCAUACAGCAGGUCUUUCUAAAAUCUGUCCCAAAGCAUUUCACAUCCCCCCUCCUGACUCUGGCGCCUUUUUUUGCAGAUGUUCCUGUCUAUUGGUUUUGCGGCACUUGGUGUCUCUGGCGCAACCUACAGUCUGAGUGUGGCAAGUUUAGGUCUGGUUAACGGACCCAUGUGUUUGUGGACUAACAAAGAAGGUCAAGCGCCUGUGUGGGGGACACCAUUCUUUGGCGGGUAAUAAAGCCAAGCUGUGAUAAAAGUUGUUCAAUUUCCAGGAUCUGUUUUUAUUUCCGUCCUCUAACUGUGUUUUCAUGGUCUGCAGAGAAGGGAACUACCUGCAAAAUCAGACACUCUGGGAUUGGUGCAAAGAACCAGAUAACGUAGUGGGUUUCAACGUCGGACUCUUCUCCACUCUGUUGGUGGCUGCCAGCCUGGAGCUCGUGCUCUGCCUCAUCCAGAUGGUCAACGGGCUGUUUGGAUGCCUCUGUGGGACCUGCUCCGGUAAAGAGGUGAGACCUGAGCUGAUCAAAGGUCAAACACUGCAGAAACAAACUAAUAUGCAGUGAUGGCAUUUUGUAUUUGGAGGCAAAGGUGAGAGUUUUAGAGAGGGGAAAAGGUGGAGAGAGCAAGGGUUUCUCACCUCCUAAUAUGAUGAAAGUCAAAAAGGAAAAGGACCCAAUUGCAGAACAAAAAGUGAUCUAAUGAAAAAAUAACUAAAUAAAAAGCAACAAAAGCUUACAAGAAAAUGUCCAGCUUAAAAAUAAAAAAUCCAAGAAAAUGCGCUGGGGGAAAAACACACAAGGAGAUAGUGGAGACACUGGCAUACAAACACACACAGACAUUCAUACAUACCACACAAUGAACCAACAAAGAAACAGGAGAAGACAAGGACUAUAUAUACACACACACAGGGAAACGAUCAACGAGAGGCAGGUGAGACAUUAAGAUACAAGUGCAAACAAUCACAGAGGAGGGAAAACUUAGGUAGUAAAACAAGACUAGAAACACAGGGAAUAAACUACUACUAAAUAAAAUGGGAAACACUGAACACUGAUAUAAGGAAUAAAACACUGAGAACAUGAAGAAACUUGGGUCAGACACAAACUAAAAACUCACAAGACAGGACUACAGGGAACAGGAACAACAGGGAAAAGAAACACUAGGGAAAAUCACAAAGAAAAUACAUUCCAGGGAAACACAAAACCAAGGAAAAACUAAAAACCUGAACAUAACAUGACACAAAAAAGGGAAAAAGAGUAAAUACUUUCAAUAAGAACAGCAACAGUAAGGCUAUAAAAAUCAUAACAACAAACAAAAGUCAUAAUUUUAGACCAAAGUCAAUAUAAUAAAUAAAAAAUCCACAAUGAUGACACAAAGGUUUCAGUUAGAGGACAAAAGUCAAAAAGUCUUUGUAGUCACAGAAAAAGUCAUGUCAAUCAGAUAAAAAUCAUAGCGCUAAAGCAAAAAAUCAUUGUAGCAACAGAAAAUGCCGUGCUGUGAGAAAAAAGGCUUUAGUGGUGAGUAAAAAGUCAUUUAUGUGGGAAAAAAAGCUAGUGUUGAGAUGAAAGUCCAUGGUAAUUAAAGAGUCGGGGCGAUGAAAAAAAGUUACAUAAUUUUCAAACAAAGUUAGGAACGUUAGACAAAAAUCAAUGAUACAAAAUUUUUUAAGAUUUAUUCACAAAAUUUGUCACAAUUAAGUCAUAAAAGUCUUUUUAGGCUUAAGUCAGUUUUGGAGAGAAGAGCUACAAAAACAUGAUAAAUAACCUGAAGAUUAAAUGAAAUCAUGGUAAUGAGAAAAAGUCACAGUAUGAGUAUAAGAAAAUAAAAAAGCUGUAUUUAUGGGACAAAAGUAAAGUGAUGGAAUAAAAAGGUAAACAAAUAAAACAAACUUCUUUGCCUCCUGUUUGAACUAAUCACCUCUCUCUUUUCUCUCAUUAGUAAGAUGAACUAAAACCAUCAUAAUCUUCAUCAUCACCCUCAUAACCAUCAUCAUCAUCAUCACCAUCAUCAUCAUCGUCAUCAUCAUCAUCAUCAUCACCCUCAUAACCAUCAUCAUCUAAAACUCUGCCGUUAAGACUUCUGACUCUCAACCGUCCUCCAUUUUUAACUUUUUAAAAAUAAUUUAAAUCCUCUUCAUUCAUUUCUUCUCAAACUGGAGCCUUAAAUUAAAUUAAUUAAAAAUUUUCCUUGAUUAUUUCCUGUAGUUUUAUUCUGUAUUUGUGUCUGUAAAUUUAUUUGUUUGUUGUAAUAUUUUGUAAUAAACUUUUAACUUAAACUCACAUUUUUCAUUGUUGUCUAUAAUAUGAACCAAAGAGGGGGUUGAAAUAAAUUAAAGAUCCUGUGAGGAACUUUUGGUUUGGGGGAGUCAUUCAUGAUUCAAUUAUUACUUCAACAUCAAUUAAGCAUUAAUUUACCUAAAUAUUUGGACCCUUACUGUAAAGUAUUUCCAGCUUUAUUUUCCUGAAAUCAAGAACUCAUAGUACCGCAACUUCUUUUUUUAACUUUAUUCUUGUAACAUUGUAAAAUAAAAGAUUAUAAUCAUAUAUUAGGAGAAUGAAUCCUAAUAGGUUAUCAUGACAAUCAAGAAGUAAUUUACAACAAUAUAAUUAUUGAAAAUAAAGGAAUAAAGUUGUUUAAGAAUAAAAAUGCAGUAUUACCUGAGAUUUAAGUCAUAUCAUUAUGAGCUAAUUUUGUAAUGCUUUAAAAGUAAAUUUCUAAGAUUACAAAAAUAAUGAGGAUAAUAAAAAGAAAAGUGAAAUCUUAAAGGUUUAAUUUUUUGCUCAGAAAUCAGAGAGAUGAACCCUUCAUGUUAAACUAUAGAGUCCAUUUGGAUAUUGAAGUGGUACUUUGACUCAGGUAAGUCCCUGUGGCAGGUUCUCUGCACUGUGGUUAUUGUCACACCUUUACACUGAUAUGAAGUGACCUGUUUAUUCUUUCCCUUCUGCCAAGACCACAUUGAUCUAUACUUCAGUUGGUUUAUCUAUUUGUUGAACCAAGGUUAGAUAUGAAUAAUGUUGCCUUUUUAUUUUUUCUCUCAAAAACCUUAAAGUGAAGUUCAACAGUAAAUGAAAAAUGUCAUCCGUUGACCCCGACGUGAUUUGAACACGCAACCUUCUGAUCUGGAGUCAGACGCGCUACCGUUGCGCCACGAGGUCCUGCAUUCCAAAUGGAAAACAUUAAAUUAUAUAAAGUAUUGCACGAUUGUUAAUUCGUGAUAUUAUAUAUAGUGUGUGGACGGCAUGAUAAAGUUACUGCCGUUUCUCUAAUUCCCAUUGAUAUUCGCCUUUAAUUUAAUCACCGGUAGGUUUACAUUUAGAGUCAUUACGGUAGGAAAUAUUGUUACGCGUGUAGCCACCAGAGGGCGCCCCCUCACAGUCAUGUCAGCGUUCAUACCAUACACUGUAUAUACUGUAGAAUAUAGUAAUAGUCAGAGGUGGGAAUUGUGGAGUCAGCAAGUCAUCUCCCUGCCAUGUAUUUGUUCUGCUCUGUCACUGAACCAGCUGCUUCCAAUGAGCAGCCAGGAAGGUGAGCUCGUUAGUGGAGGCACCUGGUUCACUAACUGAGCAGAACAAAUACAUGGCAGGGAGAUGACUUGCUGACUCCACAAUUCCCACCUCUGGUAAUAGUAAAUAGAUAAUAUACAGUCUAUGGUUCAUACAGUUUCUAACGAUGAAGCUCACAGUUGGGAUCAUUCGACACAUCUUUUUAUAGGAAUAAAUAAGUGUAAAUAUCUAUCCUAAAACCACCUUUUCUAAAAUUAUACUAUGCUUCUACAAAGUCCUUUAGCUUUGGCCUGAUGGUGCAAAACAAAUCAAUAAAGAAAUGAUGAAAAAAAAUAACUUGAUAAAAUCACUCAUGUAAACAGCUGUGCAAGUCAGGUUCACCGCCUGAUUUUAGAAAUAUAAAAGUUGUUCAUAUAUAGAGUUUUUCAUUAGAUCUGCCACCUCUUUAUAUCUAAAACUUAAUGUGAAAAUGAGAUUUUUUCUGCAGUCUUCAAGCAGCAACAAACAGAAAACUUACAGGAUUAGAGAAAAAUUAGUGAGAAAACAAUAAAAAUAUGUUGAAUGACAAAGUCUGCAGUAAAUAAAGAGCCAAAAGAAAUUUCUCGCAAUUUAUAAUCAACCAAGCAUGAUAUCAGGCUAUUCAGUGAGAAUAUUUGUAAUAACUAGAUAAUGAUGGAAUAUUCUGUGUAGAGCCUGUAACAGCUUGAUCAGCUUUCUAUUUGUAAUACUCUUCUAUUUGACCUGCAAACUGUUUCCGAGCAUUUUGAGUUAUCUUCAUGCCUGUUUUUUGUCUUUUUCUGAUGGUUUGAUGGACAUUUGCAAACACAUUUGUAUUAUGUUGCUUGUUCAUAAAAAGGUGCAAAAGUCCAACAGAAAUGCAGCAGCUAUGUGCUGCAAGGAGACACAACCGCUCCUCUUUAAAGCUGCUAAAGUUUUUGGGCCUCACUGUGGCAAAGAGAAGUAAAGACAAACAUGAGGACAGAUAGAGAACUAGAUCUGCAGCCGAUGGGAGACGGUGUUUCCACAUCAGCAGGUCUGCAGAAAGCAACAUAAAAACACCCACAGCAGCAGAAAUUCACAGAGUGGGUGACAGACCGAGAUCUCAAGAUUGGUCAACUUCCUGAGUUAGGCUCACACACCUAAAGAUCUGUCAGGGUUUGAGAAUAUGUAUGUGUGUGUAAGUGUGUGUGCCACUGAUAUUUCCAUCCUCCUCUGACCGACCACCAGGUAAAGAAGAGCUCAUUUCUAUUUAUAUGAUUAUUUAUUUUCAUUCAGACUCUGUGUGUGUGUGUGUGUCAGUAUGAGAGAGGAAAACACUCUGAUGAUAAGAAAUGACUCAUGGGAAGCUGUGACUGAGUGUGUUAUCGGUUAAUGUGUUUUCUCAGCUAUUAUCAGGCUGUAAAACCUCAUAUUGUCAGAUUUCAGAGAACAAAAGUUCUCAGUGAUAAAAAAAAAAAAAAUCUAUGACUGUAAGUAAGGAAAUAUUUCACUCUUUUUUAGAUUAACCCGCUUAAACUAAUUUCUUGGCAGCAGAAUCAACAGUUUUCAGACUAACGUGACUUAUUUACAGAAAAAUUCACAUCUUACAUGAACACAGAGAAACUGUUCGGUGGAGAGCUGUCACAAUUUCUGCAGAGGAAGUUCUGUUCCAACAGGAACUGCAGACAGCGGCGAGAAAAUGCAACAUGUUCCUCUUCAAAAGUCGGUCAGCGGUGUUCAGCGUGUUUUAACUAUAUUUUAUUACAUGUGGGCAAAAGGUGCAAAAGAGUUCAACGUUCAGGGUUGAAGCAUUUUAAAGAAAGAAAAUAAACCUGAUAGUGUCAAAAUAGUUUUUGGAUGAUAAAACACAAAAUACCUUUUUUUUUUUUUUUUUUUUUUUUAGCAAUAAAACUAAUAUUUUACAUGUAUAUUUAUCAUGUCUGAGGUAAUCUUUUCUGAAUUAAAUGAAUUUACUCUACCCUAAGCAACGCUGUUUUCAGUCUCCAACAGUUGGAGGUGUUUCAUACAAAUCCUCUCAUUUUAUACAGAAUAAUUCGGUUAAAAUUUGGCUUCAUUGGAUUGGUUAUGUUUUAAAUCCAAAGCUUUACCCACAAGUAUUUUCUAUUAAUUCAUAAAAAGUCAAUAUAAAACACGUCACUAAGUUAACCGCGUUUAGGUCAGAUUAUAAUGUGUGUUUCAUGUUUUGAAAUGGAUCUCCAACAUUGACUUUGCAUGUUUGAGCUUUCACACUAACUUUAAACAAAUGUGUAGUGAUUUAAAAGUACAUUUAUUUCAUAAUAUAGUCACUUAAGUUCAACUGUUUAGUUUUUCACAAGUUUAAUAGAUUUAUAUUGUUAUAUUAUCUCAUACAAACAAACGGAAACAGUGAUAUCGACCAGCCUGCAUCAACAUCAGCCACUGAAAAAGGAAUAUGUUGACCUCUAACUAUUCCUAAACUUUUUAUUUUUAGUGACUUAUCUGUUCUUUAUUUACAUAUGGCUUUUUAUGGAGGUUUAGGUAACUUUUUGUGUCCUCAUGUUGGAUGUUGUUUGAACCUCAUGAGACUCGAGCCUUUGUUUGCUUUGCAGUUUUGAUUUCUUUUACUAGUGUGGGAACCCAUUAAUGUAAUACCUCUAAACAGGAAGUAGUUUUAACAACAACAACAACAACAAAAAAACGGAUGUCCUGAUAUGGAGAUGAUUGAUCUUAGUUUUGUAAGACAUGAGAGAAUCACCACUGCGUGAGAAACUGUUUUAACUUGUAGUUCUUAAAAUAAUUUGGUUUCAUUUUAAUGCUGAACAAUGACUGUUCAAAAUAAGAAAACACAAGAACACUUGUCCAACAUGCUUUUUUUAGUCUGUGGUGAUAUGAUAUAGCUGUACUUCAGAGUUAUCACUGCUGCAGAAACAGUCAGUCGAGUAUGGAACCAGGUGGUAAUUCACGUGUAUAAUAGGUGUGUUGGUUUGAUACUUUUACUCGAAAAAUAGUCCCAGCGUCCUCAUACGACUACUUCCUGUUUGGCGGUGCUGUGUCUCAUCACUAUUAAUUAGAUAAGUAAAAAAUUUUGUGACUUUUAAAAGUAUAAACUGUUAAUAACAUAAAUACUUAUGUUAUUGAUUACUGACUGUUAAACAUUUGUUCGCCUGAACACAGAUUAGUGUGUAUAUCAGUCUUGUGACCACAGGGUGGCAGACCAUGUGUCCAUGACUGAGGCCAACAGGUCCAGAUUAUCAUGUCUGUAUAUGAAGGCGCAGGGUCUCAAGGGUCUCAAGUUCACAAGCUCACAUCAUCACCCUGCAGCUUUGAACCAAAGAAAACAAUUUUCAAAUAUUCAGACGGUAAAAGGUUGCACCAACAGAAAAGAUCUCGUACCAACCUUAGGUCGCUCAUUUUAGAAGUAGACUCAGGAGAAGCGAAUUAGCCGAUCAAAAUAAAACUUACAGUGCUUAUUAAGUUCAAACACAGACACGCCCACUGAGUCCUGCAGCUCUGUGCAGUUUGCUCGUGUGUUGUGUUUCAUAGAGGUGAGUUGUCAGCAUCUCUCUGCUACGCUGAACUGGGCACUCUCAUCCUGACAGAGAUCUGAUCUGAUCAUCCAGAGGAGGAUUUAUCAUCAUAAUAGGUAAAAGGUUUGAGCAUCACAUUGCUCACAUCUCCUGCAGCGCAGUUCCUCUCCAGCGCUCAGCAGACAGUUUAAACGUCGCUCUGUUUGAGGCCUUUAGCAAAGGUGACAGUUCAGGUGGAGGAAAACAGGAAAGCUAUAUUUAGAUCCUGAUUAACUGAAAGGCUUUGCAGCUUUUGCACCUGCAAACUGUGAAAGUGAGAUACCAUCUGAUUAAGAAAGUGCAAAGAAAGAAUCGAUGCUUCACACACUGCCCUGCAGAAAACAGCCUCACUGUGCAGCUAACAGCCUGUUCUGUCUGUGCAUAUUUAAACGAGUCACUACAGUGAUAAUAUUACAGGAAUUUACACCUCAUUUCAGAGACAGAUCAAUCAGAUCUGCUCUGAAAUAUGACCCAGCUCUUUCUAGUAACAUUUUUGCAGGUUUGUUUUGGACUUUGUUUGAUGAGUUUGCACAUAUUUUCUCACAUGGUGUUGCGUACCAAUAAUUUAAAUACUGCACUGAACACUGCUAUCGCUGCAGCUAUAGGACUCUCAUACUGACACAGCUUUUAGGUAAGUGUAUGAUGAGUUUGCUACAUGGAGAGAGGAUCUAUGAUUCAUUUAUUCUGUAAACAAUAAAAAAGGACGCUGUCUCUUUAAUAGGUCGUUAAUGUCAAAAAGCUCUUCAAGCGAUCUCGUUUGAGCUUGACACAUCACCACAUUGCGUUAAAAUCUGAAGCUAAGGUUAACCUUUCCAUCCAACUGAACCACACUGCAGAAGUACAAAUCACAUACACAUGGUUUUAAAACCCACAAAGUCACAACAACCUGAUUCGCAAACCUGCACGCUGAAAUAGUGCAUGUUCAAGUAGAUUUAAAUCACUCACUGACACUUCGACCUUUAAUUUUGUAUCUUUGAUUCGUUCAGAAUUCUUUAACUUUUCAUGUGGCAUUAACUUUUGCAGGGUUUGUCUGUUUCUAUGUGAGAUACUCCUACAGAAUCACGUUCCUGAAUAGUGUGUUUCAUUGGAUCACCCUGCAUGCCUCACCUACUUUCAAACAAACCAGAAAAAAAGUUCUGCAAGAGUGCUUAAAUAUGCAACAAUGUCUUUAAAGGCCUGAGGAGACGACCCACAGAUCGGUUUCUUCCUGGACUCCCCAGUACUAUAUGCACAUUCACUCGUUUACCCAAAGGGUUGUAACAGAGGGGUGUGUGACAUGAAUUAAGCUGUAGAUGAUUGUGGUUCUGAGGAGGCAGGAGAUAAGAUGGAAAGGAAGCAAAUGUCAGAUAUCUAAAAGGAGUUAUGAUACUGGUUUUAGUCUAUCUGUUUAUGCUGCGAAUAUUUGGGUGAGUUCACAGAAUCAGUGAAUAAAAGGAAAAGGAAAGGCGGUGAGCAGAAAAGAGGAUGUACAAAUUACUCCUCAGAUAGUAUCACUUCACUCUCUCUCUCUCUAUCUGUCUUUGUUAGUUCACCAUGUGUAUGUCCUGCUGUGCUUUUCCAUCAGCUGAGCAGACUUCUUCUGGUAAUUUGACUGCAGGGCUGGGUGAAAAAAAUCAUCCUUUUGCAUUCACACAUGCAGCUCACGGUUGACAGUUUUGUUCAUGUUUGAUGCACUUGUGAAAACUGCUGUGGAGGGUGAGGUCUGCAGGGUCACAGGAAGUCCCUUUUACUGAAUAUGAAGCAGCAUUUGUGAGUAUCGGAACCUCUUUUUGACCAUCUUCACUUUGACUUCAUACAUUGAUAACUUAUAAAUACACAUUCAGCUCAUUAAAAGGUCUUGAUGAACAACUUGGAUUUUGGUGAAUAAUGCGUGAGCCCAAACUGAUACUAACUGGCAUCUUCUCUCCGGUUUAUAAAGCCUCACAUGAAAUCUUUAGUCCCAAUGCUGUCAUGCUGCAGAGCAGGGCCUAAGCAAUUUACAACACGAUAAGAAAUAUUGAGGUAUUUAUAAUCCUGACUGCACUGUCUUUAUGAUACAAACUGUACUUUCCAGGACUUCAUUGAAUCAAAGGUAUCUGGUAUUUGUAACCAUACCUAUGCUAUCCAGUAUAUUUACAUAGGUCCAGCUAUUUAUUAGUUUAUGUGCAUCAUUCAGAUUAUUCAGGUUUUUAUAACCUGACUAUAAUAUUAAGUAUUAGGAUAUCCAAGGAUUUAUAAUUCCAGACAAGAUUAAUAUACCAUCAAGUAUUUUCAGGUAUUUAUUACUAUUACUGCACUACCCCAAAAUAUCUACUUUUUCAAAACCAGAACUAAAAAAUGAAUGCAAUGAUCCUUAGUCUGUUGUUAGUAUUUCAUCGUAUUAUUCUUAAUAUAAUCUUUUCGUUUUUGUAUUUUUAACCACUUCAUGUGGUUCCAGUGUUUUGUUACACUCUGUUCAUGCUGUCAUCUUAUUUCUAUCAGGAAACCGAUUUUAUAAAAACAGCUCUUAUCAACAUCAGAGCGCUGCAAAAGCCAAAGUGCAAAGUUUAAACCAGAAUGCCAUCAUGAUCACAGACCUUCAGUCUGGAGUCUUCAGGGAUCAUAUGUGCUGAAGUAUUUCUGAAUACUCCGAGUAUCACAAAUUGUAUGAUUGCACAUUUUCCUUCAUUCAAAUUUCACUUGAAAUGUGUCGGUGGAGCAAUACUUGCAGGGUGUCAGCAGAGAAUUAAUAAUGACUCAUAACUGUAGAUGAAGUGUCACUAAAAACAGAAGCAAAAACACUGUGUGACCUGAAACCUCCUGCUGUCUCUGCAGGGUUCUGGGUCACGUGCUUAUGAUUAGGUUUCUGUAUCACGGUUACAAUAAAAGAAAGGUCAGACCACAGACCACCUGUCAAUAUGCACGUAAACUCAUGGCAGUUUGUUGUGGAAACAACAAAGUUGUUGGAAGGAAACAGAAAACUCCCCUGUCUGCUGUUUUUGUGGGACUGAAUCAGAUUUUUUAACACAUUUUAUCCACUGUAGCACUGUCCAUCAUGAGGAAUAGUGUGCUCAAGUCUUUUGCCGACCCAGGAUUUUACCCAGAGCUGUGCAGUCUUGUUGAAGUACCAAACUUGGCUGAAUCUGUGUAGACUGCUGGUAUGUCACCUGGUCUUGAAAACUGCUCAGGUCUUUGGCAGAAUUCUAAGGCCACAAUGGGGUUAUAGUCCCCAGAGUUCUAAAAUCAUCUUGAGGUAAAUGUUUGAGUUCUGAGAUUCAGAAACUGUUGGGGCAGGUCCUUUGGGAAAAUGGUUUUGACUGCUCUAGGCGUGGCACAAACACACACUGCAAAUCAAACAUUGUCGCUUGACUGACCCUCCACCGAGUCCUGUGUCUGAACUUCUCUUGUGCCUUUCAGGUAACCAAGUCUGUCAACAGGUCCAUCCAUGUGUCCACCACCUUUUGCUCAUGAAUAAGUUUCUGUAUCUCAGUUACAAAAAAGUAAAUGUCAGACCACAGACCACCUGUCAAAACAUGUAAACUCAUGGCAGUUUGUUGGGGAAGGAAACCGAAAACUCCCCUGUCUGUUUUUUUCGUAGGAUUGAAUCUUUAUCUACAUCACGAAUUUCGACCACUCAGUUUAGUCAUCCUUGCUCAGGAUUCAUAAAAUCAACUGUAGCUCUGUCCAUCAUGAGACAUUGUUUGCUUAAGUCUUCUGCCGACCCAGUAGUUAACCCAAAGCUAUACGGUCUUGUUUAAGUACCAAACUUUGCUGUAACUGUGUAGACUGCUGUUAUGUCAAAUGAUCGUGGAAACUGCUCAGGACUUUGGGACAAAUCAGAAACCACAGUAGGGUUAAAAUUUUCAGAGUUGUAAAAUCAUCUUGAGGUGAAUGUUUGUGGGUUUUGACAUUUGGAAACUGUCGGCACAUGUACUUUAGGAAUUUGGUUUUGACUGCUUUAGGCGCGACAUAAACCAACAUUGCGAAUCAAACAAUGUUGCGUUACUGACCCUCUUCCAAGUCCUGUGUCUGAACCUCUCUUGUGUCUUUCAGGUAACCAUGUCCGUCAACAGGUCCUGCAUCGAUAA